CUCUCUCUCUGAAGAAGAUUCCCAUACUCAAACCUAUAAAUUUUACCCGACAGAAAUUAUAAUGAUGCAAUAAGACAAGGAUCGGAGACUUCGCCAUGGCAGUUGACGCAUCUCCGACGCCCGCGACGGAGCUUACAGCCGACAGCCCGUGCCACUCGCCGUACAUUACGGCCCCUUCCAGCCCCAAACAUUCCGACGACUUCUCAUCCGGCAUCGAAGCGAGUCCCGACUCCCGAGGGUCUCCAGAUGGUGACCACCCACUCAGCGAGUCUCCCUCGGCGAUUCCCUUUACCUGGGAAGAAAGGCCCGGGAAGCCGAAACCCGUAGCCGUCGAUGACGACUUCGCCUUCGAUUUCAGCGGCCACUUGAACAGUGACUUCCUCUCUGCCGACGAACUCUUCGACGGCGGUGUUAUCCGACCUUUGAAGCCGCCACCUCGUUUGCGACCCAGUCCGGAACUCAGUGAGUCAACCCGAAAAGGCAGCGGAAGAGAGCCGUUCUCGCUGCGCAAAAGGAUGUUUCCGUCGCGAGAAAGCAUCGAUUUCGAUCCAUUUGAAGCUGCGAUGGAGAGCACGCGCAGCGAACACAAUAGCAUGAAAACGUCGUCGUUUAUGGGUUUAUCUUGUUCGGCGUACUCUCUCAAGAGCUGCAGGAAGUGGAGAUUGAAGGAUCUGCUGUCGUUUCGGGGCUCCGCGAGGGUGAAAGGCGAGGACCCGAAGAACGGGAGCUUCCGGUCGAGCAGGGGUUCCGGUUCGGGAAGCCAGCGGCGGUUCCAGGAGAACCAACCGGGUUCGGAGGAGAAGUUGGAAAGAGAAGCUGGGGAAACGACGCCGUACAGGCAGGGGUUAUUGGGGUGCAUGGGGUUCAAUCAUUAUCCAGUACAUGGUCUGGUAAAAAGCAUGGAAACUGUUCCACGUGGGUAGCCACAUCCUAUGCCCCUUUUGCCGUCCUAUUUUCUUUUCUUUUUAAUUUUUUUAAAAAAGUUAAUUAAUCAAUGAUGCUGGGCUGUGGUGUCACUAUUUUUCUUAUUAUUAUUUUUCAAAAAGGACUUGGUUGGCUUUUGUACCAUAAAUGAUAAAAUUACGAAUUUAGGCUAAUGUCAAUUAAUGA